AUGUGCGACACCAACACCAAUACGGAUAUGCGAGCACAUAUCACUUAUCCGCUGUCGAUCGUUACACCGUUACACUACGCAUACCAAAGAACCAAACUCAACCAACCGACCAACGGCGCAGUUACGAUAAGUCAGGUUACCCUCGGAAGCCCUGCACAACCCUUGCUCACAGAUCCAGAAGCCGCCAGAUCCCCGCCCAAAGUUCCCACAAAGCACCCGCAACGAACGGCUUUCUCGACCCGUUUCUGCAAAGCCAAGCCUGAAGAAUGGAGAAUCCCGAUGCAGAGUCCCGCGGGGGCAUGCACAUAUGAAGAAGGCGGCCGACUCUACAUCAGUCUUGUUCCUCGGCCUGCGAUACCACCAUUCUGCCGGAACAUCAGAGAGGAGACCGCUCAAAUGGGCUUUUUCGCAGCUUCGGGGGUCGAGAGCCCCAUGGCAAUGAUGUUCCGCCUUUUGGGUCUGGCCGCAGCACUUGGCAUCGGCUACGUUUUGGCUCGAAUGGUCCAAGAGCGAAUGACGUUUCGCAAGCUUCAGAGACAAGGAGUCCCAAUGAUGCCUCACUCGCUUCUAUUUGGCCACUUGCGCCUACUCAUGAAGCUCACCUCGCACUUACCCAAAGAGGUACACUUCAACUACUAUGCUCAAGCCAUCGUCGACAACUGGGAAACGCUCUUCCCCGGCCGGACGUCGUGUCCCUCAGCAAUCUAUGCCGACAUGUGGCCUAUGGGUCCUCCGCUAGUUUUCACUGUGCACCCGGAAGCAGCAGGCCACUACAUGUUCGACGCCAGCGUGCCGCGUAGUGACUGGACCAAGAAGGCAUUGGCCCCGAUCACGGAAGCAAUGGACCUCGCAUGUUUGGUAGGCGAGCCGUGGAAGACGUGGCGCGCGAGGUUCAACCCCAGUUUCAGUAACAAAAACGUUCUCGGCCUUGUUCCCGGAAUGUUGGAGGAUGUCGAGGUGUUCGCCGAUAUUAUGCGGGAAAAAGCUGGCGUCGACGGCUCUUGGGGUGAUGUGUUUCCGCUCGUGGAGACCACGACCAACUUGACCAUGGAUGUCAUCGGCCGAGCGGUGCUUGAUAUCGAGCUUCAUGAGCAGACAAACGGACCUAGCAGAUUCAGAAGUGCUCUCAUGGACCAGAUUUCUAGGGUGAUUCUCCAUCUUAAUAUUGUCACCAUGUGGAAGUGGUACAGCCCGUGGCGGCUGGCUGCUAUCAAAGAGAACAGGGAGACAAUGUACAGCGAACUACUACCAUCGAUCGAGCGAUCCCUCAAAGGAACAAAGAAGAAGGAGGGGCUGAAGACCAUCAUCGACUUGGCGCUGAAGCCCAUGUCUGGUGUGGUCAAUGUGGACCGGUUAUUUUUAGAGACAGUCGUCUCCCAGCUCAAGAUCUUCAUGUUUGCCGGUUACGAUACGACGGCCACGGCUCUUUGCUGGGCGAUACACUGCAUCGCCAAGAAUCCCGAAGUUGGCCAAAAGCUACGGGCUGAACACGACGAAGUCUUGGGCAAAGACCCCGCAGAUGCAACCGCCAAGAUCAGAGAGUCGCCGCACUUGCUCAACUCCCUCCUCUACACAGGCGGAGUUAUCAAGGAAGCACUGCGCUUGUUUCCCGGUCCUCCUGUCAUUCGAGACGGACAAUCGCAUUAUCGCAUCACCGACAGCAUCACAGGAGAGCAAUAUCCCACCGGCGGAUUCCUCAUAUGGGACGGGUUACGUUCGCAGUCUCGCAACGAGGAAUUGUGGCCGAGAGGCAACGAGGUCGUGCCAGAGCGAUGGAUGACGACAGACCCGGAAGAUCCAUUGCACCCAAAGAAGCACGGAUGGAGGACCUUUGGACUCGGAAGCCGUGCCUGUAUUGGCCAAGAGCUAGCCGUAGUUGAAAUGAAGUUGGUCCUGGUCUCCCUCGCGCGCAACUUUGAGAUUGACUGCGCCUGGGAUGAGUGGGAUGCCCUCAACGGGAAUACCACAAACCCCAAAAUGCUUGUGGAGGGAGACCGGUGCUACCAGACUGAAAAGGGCACACCGCAGAUUUCUGACGGGAUGCCGGUUCACGUCAAGCUGCGACAGAGUGACGUGCGGGGGCAACAGUUCGGGGAGGUCGGGCAUCGGUGUCGUCGUAAUCCCGCCUUGUCCGCCGUGGUGAAUGCGCACGCGGGGAAAGUCUCGGCCAGGUCGAGGACUCAAUGUUCGCCCGGCUCCAGCGGGGCUUCGAAAGUUAGCGAGGGUCGGAAGGACGACAUCGGACGGAGAGCCAUAUGUAGCAUUGGCCGGAUAAGUCGGAGAUGCGACGAGGACGUAGAAGCUGGAGGUCUGGUUCGUUGCUAUCUUGCUGAGCGCUUUGGGAAGAGCUGGGAGUGUCGGACACGGCUUCGUGAGGCCGUCAUCUACCAGAAGCCAGCUCGAGAAUAUGACUUGAUGAUUCACAAUAUCUAUGCUCGAUCAGAUCCGACGGCAGCGUGUUCACUUGUCGUGCCGCUGCUCCAUCGCCGGCGUCUUCAAGAUCGGCCGACGCGCUUGACUUCGAGUAGGCUCGGCAUCAAUAGGUUGAAUGCCACUAUUGGAAGGUUCCUCUUGCUCGGUAACGCGGUAAUGCGUCUGGACUCUGUAAUGACGGAAUCAUGUAAUGAGACAAAGAUGAAGGGAGGGUGGUCAACCUGGACACAAAGACACGCCAGGAAACUGUGUAUUAUGCUGCGUUUCUGGUCUCAGGCUCUCUUGUCCGCUUCUGAAACGAACACCGUCGAACGACAACGUCACGCUAUGUGGCUCGGGAUUCAGUUCCAUGGCACAUCACCUAGUCCGUCCACCUACCUAGUCGACACGAGGGCGCGGGGACUAGUCAUACGCAAGCUUGCAUUACUUGAGGAGGCUCGCCACCUCGCAUCUUUACGAGAUAGCCCUAACAUCUCGCUUGAUUGCUUGCUUGUUCUUGUGGCGCGCAAAUGGCUCGACUCGGGCCGCAAGCUCUACGGCAUCAUUCAUACACGUACGUGCGUCAGCACGGGCCGGAGAUGCGAUGGCUAUGUGACACCGCCAACGGGGACAUAUUCCUGGGCUCAGCUGCUCCGCAUCCAUCCACCUCCGACCCAGGCCGCGUCGGACGCAGAACUCCGGGCCUUGAGUUUCUUCCGCAAAGUCGUCGCCCCCGUCUUGUCCGGGCCCUUGGAUAGUUACUUCUGGACCCAUCUUGUCUCUCAGGUCUCUCACCAGGAGCUUGCUGCGAAACAUGCCGCAUUGGCCAUCAGUUCGCUGUACGAGAAGUUCAAGGAGGAUCCCCUAGACCGGCAUUCGGAGAAGAAUUCCUUCGCGGUUGCGCAUUACAACGAGGCGAUCAAACACCUCCGAACAACAAACAACCAGGAGACGGUCCUGUUUGUGUGCAUCCUCUUCGUUUGUAUCGAUAUGCUCCGUGGCGAAUGCAAGGGUGCCAUCGACCAUUGCAGGCACGGCAUAAACAUCCUCAAUGGUUCCAGGUCUACGUCGCGAUUCGUUCGAGAGCACCUCACGCCGGCUUUCUGUCGCCUUGGAGUGUUCCCUUUCUUCUUCGGUGCCCGACCGGAAACGUUUCCGGCCAUACCAGACUCGUAUCCAGUUCCAGUCCCCCCGUUCUACAAUUUAAAGCAGGUUCAAGCAGCGCUGGACCCGUUACUUGUGCGCGCGAUUCGCUUUGUACGGGCCGCUGACGAAUAUCGCCUUGGUGAUGAGACGCAUCCCAAGCCGGAUAUGUUAACAAUGCAGGAAAGAGAUGAGAUGGACGAGUUGCUAGAUGACUGGGCUGCGGCAUUUCAAGCGUACAUGGUGCAAAAGUCCCCGAAUAAUUGCCAGCGCGCCGCCAUGCGAGAAGAGCUCGUUGAACGCCUGCUUGAGAUGAAGUGGCACGUAGGCAAGAUUUGGCUCAGCACGUGCUUUUCUCGCGGCGAAUUGGUAUACGAUCUACAUCUGGACAAGUUCCAACGGAUCAUCGAGCUUGGUCGCGAAGUCGAAAGUAUCUUCCGAGAAAUGUGGCAGAGGAUCGGACGGGCCAAGUUCACCUUUGAGAUGGGUUUCAGCCCACUGCUAGGAUUCGUCUUUAUCAAGUGCCGGUCCUUGUCACUGCGAAUCGCCGCCUUGAGUCUCAUGAAGACGAUUGCGCACGAGAGGGAGAACCUCUGGGACUUCAACACUGUUCUGGCGUUCGGACGCAAGAUUGUCGAGUUUGAGCACGAGCUGGACCUCGGACACGAUGAGCAUAUUGCCAAUGUCGUCGAUGACGGGACGUUACCACCGGAAGGACGGCGAAUUAAAGAUUCGGCUAUGCAAGAUGAGGUACGCUUCGUCCACGAGAAGAAUGGCGGUAUCGCCAUGUGGAAGAAGGUCGCUCUCUUGAUGAGGGAGCACGGAGGGCCUAUCACUGUCCAGGAGGAGUGGUUUCGAGAAGGCUACGCCUCACACGCGGCCAGGUCUCAAGCUACCGUGCUGACAUUGCAGGGGUUCACACUCUACAUUGCUAUCAUCGACAAGCUGCGCCCCUUGAGAGUCUACGAUUGGCCUAAGAAUCUCACUUAUAAAGGCGAGAAUGGCAGACUUCGUUGUGAAGAUGAAGAAAAUUCAACAUCAUCAAGCUCAAUUCUCCUCGUCAUUCCACAUCUUUCGACACUCAUCACGAUGCACUUGUCUUGGAUCACGUUGGCCGCGGCUGCGACCGCCCUGGCUUUGCCAUCAGGACCUUCACCCACGCCCACUUUGCCAAAUUCUUUGGCAAAUCGUCAAGACUCUACUGUAACUUCUUCAUCAACAUCAUCUAUUCCGACGGGAGACUUCAUCGCGACAAAGUACAUCACCAUUCUCGGCGUUACGAAUAGCUACGUCACAGUCCCAGCAAAGACCAUCGAUAUCGCCAUCCCAACGUGUGUCCAGACGAUCGAGCCCGAUGCCAAUGGCUACAUCCCACCCGGCGAAUGCGGUGCCAUCUGGAACUACUACCCUAGCUUCGCGGCUGCGGCGGUGUUUGCGGCUCUCUUCGGCAUUUUGACCGCCGUCCACAUCUGGCAGGCCGCCAAGCACAAGAAGAGAUGGUGUUGGGUUAUUAUAAUGGCGAGCAUUUGGGAAACUCUGGCCUUCAUCUUCCGAGCUGCAAGCAGCAAGAAUCAGCAGAGUAACGGCAUCUACCUCGUUUUUCAGAUUUUCAUCUUGCUUGCGCCUAUCUGGGUAAACGCCUUUGCAUACAUGACCUUGGGCCGCAUGAUUUACUUCUUUCACCCCUCGCGCUCUCUCCUCCGCAUUCCCGCCGCAACAUUCGCCGCGAUCUUUGUCGCACUUGACAUCAUAUCAUUUGCUGUUCAACUCACUGGAGGCAGCAUGGCCGGCCCAACAGCGCCACCCGCGGAACAGAUGAAGGCGAUUCAUAUCUACAUGGGCGGUAUCGGACUCCAAGAGUUCUUCAUCCUCAUCUUCGUCGCCCUGGCAUUGAAGUUCCAGGUCGAGAUGCAAAGCCUAGACAAGCUUUCCGGGAAGCAAUCCCGCUCCUGGAAACCUCUGCUUUGGGCGCUUUACUUUUCCCUCGGCAUGAUCUCAGUACGGAUCAUCUACCGCCUGAUUGAGUUUUCUUCGGGCCAUGGGAUUGACAAUGUCUUGAUUACACACGAGGCUUACUUCUACGUCUUGGAAGCUUUGCCGAUGCUUCUCGCCAUUGCGGUCUUCAACGUGGUACAUCCGGCUAUGAUAAUGAAUGGUGAAGGGUCGGACAUGCCCGGGUUUUUUGCAACCAUGAAGCAUGGGCUGUCUAGGAGGAGGGGAAGGAUUCCACUGGGACAGGAUCCGGAGGGACACGAGCUUACUAGGAGAAGCCCUAGUCCAUGA